CGAGGAGAGCGUGGAGUGUGUGUAUGAAGGAGGGUGAGAAGAGGAGGGGGGAGUGUGUGUGUGAGAGAGAGAGUUUGUGUGUGUGUGUGUGGAAAAAGGAAGCAGAGCCUGUUAACGGAGAACUCGCUGGUUUCCUGCCCCUCGAAACAAGCGGCCGUGUUACUUUUCAUGUGGACUGGAUCACCGAUGGCUCCAGCAGCGCGGGGCCGAAGAAAGGAGCACUUUUCCGGGGGGUGGGGUGGGGAAGACUUGGCUGACGCUCCGGUGCUUCUCUCUCUCUCUUUCGGCUCGGUUAUUUCGGACGUGAGCAGUCUAUCAGUAAAGUGAAACCGUCUUUUGUUGAGUACUCGCCUAAGCCCCCUCUCUCCUCGUCUGUACGGGCUGCCUUUUUUUUUUUUUAACGUGGAUUUAAAAAAAGUGUCCCGUGUUCGGCUCGUUUCGUCCAGGUUCUUGGAUUUGGUCCCACUCUGGCGUGCCUUGUUUUAUUCAGCGGGUCACCUCGGGCAAGGGUCGUGCUUUCAACUUGUUUGCAGCAGUCUGUGGGACUCCAAAGAAUCACCAGACUGGCGGUUUUCCUGAAACUCUAGGGUUGUUGGUGUGGCCGAAUUUUCCCUGGAUUUGACUGGUAAAUUCAGAAUUCUGAAGCCCAGGCUCACAGUCUACCUUUCACGGAGGCCCAGCCGUGAGAGGACUGAGGAAGGCACGUGGCGGAUCAUGACGGCCGACAAAGAGAAGGAAAGAGAGAAAGAGCGGGACAGAGACAGAGACAGGGACAGGGACAAGCGGGAAGCCGGCAAGUCCCGCCGGCAGGACGUGGACCGGGGCGACCGCGAAAGCGAGAGCUCCAGGCCUCGCCGCAGCUGCACGCUGGAGGGCGGGGCCAAGAACUAUGCAGAGAGCGAACACAGCGAGGACGAGGACAACGACAACGGCAGCACUGGUGGAGGCAGCGGCACGGCCGAGGAGGCUGGCAAGAAGGGCAAAAAGAAGAUGCCCAAAAAGAAGUCGCGCUACGAACGCACAGAGAACGGAGAAAUCACAUCCUUCAUUACAGAAGACGAUGUCGUUUACAGACCUGGAGAUUGUGUGUACAUAGAGAGUCGGCGGCCCAAUACUCCAUACUUCAUUUGUAGCAUUCAGGAUUUCAAGCUGAGUAAACGGGACCAUCUGCUGAUGAAUGUGAAAUGGUACUACCGCCAGUCAGAGGUGCCUGACUCCGUGUACCAGCACCUGGUGCAGGAUCGCAACAAUGAGAACGACUCUGGACGUGAGCUGGUCAUCACAGACCCGGUGGUCAGGAGUCGAGAACUCUUCAUCUCUGACUAUGUGGACACUUAUCAUGCUGCUGCUCUCAGGGGGAAAUGCAACAUUUCCCAUUUCUCUGACAUUUUUGCUGCCCGGGAGUUCAAAGCCCGCAUCGACUCCUUUUUCUACAUCCUCGGCUACAACCCAGAGACCAGGCGACUAAACAGCACACAAGGGGAAAUCCGAGUGGGGCCGAGUCACCAGGCCAAGCUCCCGGAGCUGCAGCCUUUUCCCUCCCCUGGUGGUCAGGCCGUGACUGAGAAUGAGGAGCUGGUCUGGAUGCCAGGGGUCAAUGACUGUGACCUUCUUAUGUACCUCAGAGCUGCAAGGAGCAUGGCUGCCUUUGCAGGGAUGUGUGACGGAGGCUCGACAGAAGAUGGCUGUCUAGCCGCCUCUCGAGAUGACACUACAUUAAACGCACUUAACACUCUUCACGAGAGCAGCUAUGAUGCAGGCAAGGCUCUGCAGCGCCUGGUGAAGAAGCCUGUUCCUAAGCUGAUAGAGAAGUGCUGGUCUGAGGAUGAAGUGAAGCGCUUCAUUAAAGGGCUGAGACAGUUCGGCAAAAACUUCUUCAGGAUCCGGAAAGAGCUGUUACCCAACAAAGAAACGGGAGAGCUAAUCACCUUCUACUACUAUUGGAAGAAGACGCCCGAGGCUGCCAGCUGCCGAGCCCAUCGCAGACACCGCCGCCAACCCGUUUUCCGCCGCAUCAAGACGCGGACCGCUUCGACUCCUGUCAACACCCCCUCACGGCCGCCCUCGAGCGAGUUCCUGGACCUCAGCUCAGCCAGCGAAGAUGACUUCGACAGCGAAGACAGUGAACAAGAGCUAAAGGGCUACGCCUGCCGCCACUGUUUCACUACCACCUCCAAGGACUGGCACCACGGGGGCCGGGAGAACAUCUUGCUGUGCACCGACUGCCGCAUUCACUUUAAGAAGUACGGCGAGCUGCCGCCCAUCGAGAAGCCCGUCGACCCACCGCCAUUUAUGUUCAAACCUGUCAAAGAGGAAGAGGAUGGACUCAGCGGGAAGCAUAGCAUGAGGACCCGACGGAACCGAGGCYCGAUGUCAACUCUACGUAGUGGUCGUAAGAAGCAGACAGUGAGUCCUGAUGGCAGAGCCUCACCAACCAACGAGGAUUUGCGUUCCAGCGGCCGGACGUCACCCAGCGCAGCUAGCACCGACAGCACCGACAGCAAGACAGACUCCAUGAAGAAGCCAAGCAAGAAAAUUAAAGAGGAAGCUCCUUCUCCAAUGAAGAGUGCCAAACGGCAGAGAGAGAAGGGAGCUUCAGACACAGAGGAGCCUGAGAGGGCCAGCGCCAAAAAGACCAAAACACAGGAGCUGAGCCGACCGGACUCGCCUUCAGAAGGCGAGGGGGAGGGUGAAGGUGAGGGCGAGAGCUCUGAYGGGCGAAGCAUCAACGAGGAGCUCAGCAGUGAUCCAAAAGACAUCGACCAGGACAACMGGAGCUCCUCCCCGAGCAUCCCGAGCCCACGGGACAACGAGAGCGACUCGGAUUCCUCUGCCCAGCAACAGCAGCUCCUGCAGAGCCAGCACCCUCCAGUCAUCCAGUGUCAACCAGGCCCAUCAGCUGCCUCCUCAGCACCUGCUCCACCUCCAGCCUCAGCUUCCUCUCUGCCCCCACAGGUCUCCCCUGCAGCUGCCUCCACUUCUCUACCUCCUCAGCCUCUGGCCCAGACGAGUCCACUGUCUCUUAUCCAGUCCGGAGCAUCACUUCACCCUCAGAGGCUACCGUCUCCUCACUCCCCCAUGACUCAGGCUCCGCCUCCUGGCCCCUCAGUCCCACCUCAGUCUUUACCCAGCCCGCAUCAUGGACCCAUUCCCACCAUGCCGCACCCACUACAGCCUGGACCGUCACACAUGCCGCACCCUCACGCCAUGACCCCUCAGGGAUUCCCUGUGGGUCCCCCUCAGGUCCCGCCUCCCCCCAUCUCUGUUCAGUCGCAGCAGAGGGCCCACACGCCUCCUUCUCAGUCGCAGUCAUCUUCUCAGAGCGGAGGCCCGCCUCCCAGAGAGCAACCCUUGCCCCCUGCACCCAUGUCCAUGCCUCACAUCAAGCCCCCUCCGACCACACCCAUCCCUCAGAUGCCCACCCCACAGCCCCACAAACACACGCCUCACGUUUCGGCUCCUCCGUUCCCCCAGAUGCCUUCAAACCUGCCUCCACCUCCUGCUCUGAAGCCCCUCAGCUCCUUAUCCAACCAUCAUCCUCCCUCAGCCCACCCACCUCCCCUCCAGCUCAUGCCUCAGGGGCAGCAGCUCCAACCUCCACCAGCCCAGCCUCCAGUUCUCACUCAGUCCCAGAGCCUCCCGCCUUCAUCCAGCCACCAGCCUCCCACAGCUCCUCCACUUCCACCCUCCACAGCCCCACACCCCAGCGGGCCGCCCCAGCCGACUUACUCCUCGCACCCUUUCAGUACCGUUCUACCUCCAAACGGCCCGCCCCCAUCCUCGUCGAACUCUAUGCCCAGCUUACAGCCGCCGUCAUCUUCUGCGCCGUCCUCUUCCAUCUCCAUGCCACUGCCUGCCUCGGUCUCUUGUGCCGCUCCAGGCCCAGCGGUUCCACCUGUGCACAUCAAGGAGGAGCCCGUGGACGAAACAGAAGAGCCAGAAAGUCCGCCGCCUCCGCAGAGAAGCCCCUCCCCGGAGCCCACCGUCGUCGACACUCCCAGCCACGCCAGCCAGUCCGCACGGUUCUACAAGCAUCUGGACCGAGGUUACAACUCGUGUGCUAGGACCGAUUUCUACUUCACUCCGCUGGCUUCAUCCAAACUGGCCAAAAAGCGAGAGGAGGCUCUGGAGAAAGCCAAGAGGGAAGCAGAACAGAAAGCAAGAGAGGAGAAGGAACGAGAACGGGAGAGGGAAAAAGAGCGGGAAAGGGAGCGGGAGCGUGAGAAGGAGUUUGAACGUGCAUCAAAACCCUGCAGUUCCUCACAUGAAAGCAGAAUGUCUGAACCUCAGAUGGCUGGCCCGGCUCACAUGCGCCCCCCCUUUGACGGCCCGCCCACGACGAUCGCAGCCGUGCCUCCGUACAUCGGUCCGGACACGCCGGCCCUGCGCACCCUCAGCGAGUACGCCAGACCCCACGUCAUGUCGCCCACCAACCGAAACCACCCCUUCUUCGUGUCCCUGAACCCCGACCAGCUGCUGGCCUACCACAUGCCCAGCCUCUACAACGCCGACCCGGCCAUGCGGGAGCGGGAGCUGCGCGAGCGGGAAAUGCGCGAGCGGGAGAUCCGGGAGAGGGAGCUCAGGGAACGGAUGAAGCCCGGCUUCGAGGUCAAACCCCCAGAAAUGGACUCGCUCCACCCCUCCACGAACCCCAUGGAGCACUUCGCACGGCACGGGGCCCUCGCUCUACCUCCCAUGGCCGGCCCCCACCCGUUCGCCUCUUUUCACCCGGGUCUGAACCCACUAGAGCGUGAGCGGCUAGCCCUUCCUGGGCCUCAGCUGCGGCCGGACAUGAGCUACCCAGAGAGGUUGGCCGCAGAAAGACUUCACGCCGAGAGGAUGGCCACGGUGGCCAACGACCCCAUCGCACGACUCCAGAUGUUCAACGUCACGCCGCACCACCACCAGCACUCACACAUCCACUCCCACCUCCACCUUCACCAGCAAGACCCUCUUCACCAAGGUGGUGGUGAAUGUCUCGUUUGUCCUCCAGGCUCCGGGGCCCACCCGCUGGCAGUAGACCCCCUGGCAGCCGGCCCUCACCUUGCUCGCUUCCCCUACCCGCCAGGAACCAUCCCCAACUCCCUCCUGGGCCAGCCGCCGCACGAACACGAGAUGCUGCGCCACCCUAUGUUCGGUGCUCCAUAUCCACGGGAACUGCCAGGAGGUCUUCCACCACAGAUGUCCGCAGCCCACCAGCUGCAGGCCAUGCACGCCCAGUCGGCGGAGCUGCAGCGGCUGGCGAUGGAGCAGCAGCAGUGGCUCCACGGACACCAUCACAUGCACGGAGCGCCGGUGCCUGGUGAUGACUUCUACAGCAGAUUGAAGAAGGAAAGUGACAAACAGCUGUAACCAGCCGGGGUAGCGAGGAGCCAACGAGUGCAGGACACAGGAAGUUGUCACAAAGCCRUCUUGUAGAGGCUCUAUGUGGACCUCACAACAUCCAGUUCUGAAAAACAGAAAAAACAAAAGACCAAGUCUUCUGAGAACUUUACAUAAUGUUUCAUUAUUGUUUCAGUCAAGGACCUUUUUAUUUUAUUUUUACUAUUAUUUUUCAAGACAUUGACUUUCGUUGGUAAAUUARUGACAACAUCCUCAAGACUCCUGCAUGACAAGCUUCCCAGACAUUUUUUUUUCUGUAGGUGCUAGAACAAGACACUGUGCUUAAUAAGAGAGAGAGAGAAAGACCUGUCAGACCAUUUAUGGAAAAAUAACAAGUGCUAUCUUAAAUUCAACAUUUAUUUUAUUACAUUGUUGGAGGUUUUUCAUAAUUUAAAAAUGAAAAAAAAAAGCUACCGCAUGGCCGUUUUGAGUCUGUAAAUAGUAUAUAUAAACAUAUAAUUAUUAUUAUAAUUAUUAUUAUUAUUAUUCCUAGGUGUGGACUCCAAACCAAGUUGUUUUCAGCCUCCUGUUGAUUUGUUUUGAAGCAUUAUCCCUUGUUUCAGAGGGGAGCGCCAUGGCAUUAUACGAGCAUUUUCUGUGCUGCGCUUCAGUUGUGACAUCACUGUGUUAGAUUUAGUUUCAUAUACACUAUUUUAUGUCAAACAUAAGCCCCUCCCCCCCUCAUGUUACCCAUCCAUUCAUCACGUGUGACACGCAGCAGGUUGUCAGAACGUUUCCACACGUUUAGUUACUGAUUUAAAACACUUGAAGGCGCUCCGAUUCUGUAAAACGAGGAGAACUUUGCACUGAUGGAGCGUCGCUGGGCUCGAUCGAAACCGUUUUAUCCUUUUGUCGUAUUUAAAUCAUCAGAAUGAACAGUUUUUAUCACUUUGUGGUGUUUUAAUUUUUUUAACAUGAUUUUAUUAAGAUUUUUACCAAUUUAGACACACUGAUGUGUUUCAGGCUGAACUGAAGGACGGUGAAGUUGCUUCAAUACAUGUUAAAAAUUCAGAAUUUCAAUGCUUUAGUUUAUAUUUUUAAUAUUUGAGUGAUUUAAAGUUUUCUCUGGUUCAGUUUUAGCUACGAAGCAGCCCAGGUUGAAACAAUGUUCACUGUGACUCAGACUGGGGAGGGGGCGGGGCUGCUGACACACGUAGGGAGGAGGAUUUAGUGUGUAUUCCUCACAUGCCUUGAUUCCUUUUUGGACACACACUGUGGCGUUUGUGUGUGUGCGCCACUGACUGUUACAUGUGUUGUCACAUCAGUGCACAAGCAGAUAUUUUUUAAAUUUCUUGUUUUGUUUUAUUUUUUUAUUUUUUUUUGCAGCCAUGAUCCGAGUUCUGCAUCAAAUCCAUGCACUAAGACUGUUUGACCGUCAUGGACACUUUAAAAACAAACAAAGCUGUGGCUUUUCUUACGUUUUUAUGUUAUUUUAACCAGUUGAAGAAACUGUAACUGCAUUUAAAAGUGACCACAGCUUCCCACAGAGCACUAUGUUUUCACGCAAACGCCAUCGAACUCUUUCCUUCCCGGCUUAUUGAAAACGCUGACGACAGCCUGUCGCUCACCCAUUCCCGUCUCCCUCCCUCUUCAUCAUCGUCAUCGUCACUCCUCAACGGUUCCCUCGCCUUUUUAUUCCCUUUUUGUGUCUCCGAAGCCUUUGGUGUUAAGUGUUGUCAAUGGUUUAGCUUCUUGUUUCAAAGCGGCAAUAGCAGAAUGUAAAUUCUGACUGCUAAGAUUUAUAUAUAUACUGGUAUCUUGAAGCUUAUUGUACAUAUGAGUAGUCGCCAUGGGAUGACACAAUGUAAACAAAAAGUAGAAAUAAUAAGAAAAAUUGUGAGUCCUGUGUUCUCUCCAUUUGAGUAUUUUGUAAUUUUUUUGAAAAAUUUGUGGAAUUAAAAUAAAUAAGUUACACCACAGAAA